GCUGAGGAGAAGGAGACGAAGGCUGAGGAGAAGGAGACGAAGGCUGAGGAGAAUUUGGCGGCCAUGUCUCCGGGCAGCGCCAUCCAGAUCCCCCGGCGGCUUCCGCUGCUGCUGACCCAGGAGGGCGUGCUGCUGCCCGGCUCCACCAUGCGCGCCAGCGUGGACUCGGCCCGCAACCUGCAGCUGGUGCGGAGCCGCCUGCUGACCGGCACCUCCCUGCGGAGCACCAUCCUGGGCGUCGUGCCCGACGCCAGCGACCCCCACACCGACAACCAGGACCUGCCCCCUCUGCACAGGAUUGGGACGGCCGCAUUGGCCAUUCAGGUAGUGGGUAGUAACUGGCCCAAGCCCCACUAUACCUUGCUGAUCACAGGCCUCUGCCGUUUCCGAAUUGUGCAAGUGCUGAAGGAGAAGCCCUACCCCAUUGCCGAAGUUGAGCAGUUGGAUCGGCUCGAGGAAUUUCCCAACACGUUGAAGUCUAGAGAGGAGCUGGGAGAACUGUCCGAACAGUUUUACAAGUAUGCAGUACAGCUGGUGGAGAUGUUGGAUAUGUCUGUUCCUGCAGUUGCUAAAUUGAGGCGUCUUUUAGACAGUCUGCCUAGGGAAGCUCUUCCAGACAUCCUGACUUCAAUCAUCCGCACAAGUAACAAAGAGAAAUUGCAGAUUUUAGAUGCAGUGAGCCUGGAGGAGCGGUUCAAGAUGACUCUGCCUUUGCUUGUUAGACAAAUUGAAGGCCUUAAAUUGCUUCAGAAAACCAGAAAGCAUAAGCAGGAUGAUGACAAGCGGGUCAUAGCAAUUCGUCCCAUGCGGCGGAUCAACCACAUCCCUGGCACUUUAGAGGAUGAAGAUGAAGAAGAAGAUAAUGAUGACAUCGUCAUGCUAGAGAAGAAAAUCCGAACCUCGAGUAUGCCAGAGCAGGCCCAUAAAGUCUGUGUCAAAGAGAUAAAGAGACUCAAAAAAAUGCCUCAGUCAAUGCCAGAGUACGCUUUGACCAGAAAUUACCUGGAACUUAUGGUGGAGUUGCCAUGGAACAAGAAUACCACGGAUCGCCUGGAUAUACGUGCAGCGAGGAUUCUUCUGGACAAUGACCAUUAUGCCAUGGAGAAGUUGAAGAAGCGAGUUCUGGAGUACUUAGCCGUCAGACAGCUGAAGACCAAUCUGAAGGGACCCAUCCUUUGCUUUGUAGGCCCACCUGGCGUUGGCAAAACCAGCGUGGGACGAUCAGUAGCCAAGACUCUGGGUCGGGAGUUCCACAGGAUUGCGCUGGGAGGAGUGUGUGACCAAUCUGACAUUCGCGGCCACAGACGGACCUACGUUGGCAGCAUGCCUGGCCGUAUAAUCAAUGGCUUGAAGACUGUUGGGGUUAACAAUCCAGUGUUCCUGUUAGAUGAAGUGGACAAACUGGGCAAGAGCCUACAGGGAGAUCCUGCCGCUGCCCUUCUGGAGGUCUUGGAUCCAGAACAAAACCACAACUUCACAGAUCACUACUUAAAUGUGGCCUUUGACCUUUCUCAAGUUCUUUUCAUCGCUACUGCCAACACAACGGCCACCAUUCCUCAUGCCUUGCUGGACAGAAUGGAGAUCAUUCAAGUUCCAGGGUAUACCCAAGAGGAGAAGAUAGAAAUUGCCCAUAGGCACUUGAUCCCUAAGCAAUUAGAACAACAUGGCCUGACUCCUCAGCAGAUUCAGAUUCCUCCAGUAACUACACUUGACAUCAUCACCAGGUACACUCGAGAGGCCGGGGUCCGCUCUCUGGACAGGAAAUUUGGAGCCAUUUGCCGAGCCGUCGCUGUGAAAGUGGCAGAAGGACAGCAGAAAGAGACAAAGCUUGAUCGCUCCGAGGUGACUGAGGGAGAAGGCUGCAAAGAGCACGUCUUGGACGAUGCCAAGACCGAGUCCAUCGGGGACACAGCUGACUUGGCCCUCCCCCCGGAAAUGCCCAUUCUGAUCGACUUCCACGCCCUGAAAGACAUCCUCGGACCCCCGAUGUAUGAAAUGGAGGUAUCCGAGCGACUGAGUCAACCGGGGGUAGCAAUCGGCUUGGCUUGGACUCCGCUGGGGGGUGAGAUCAUGUUUGUGGAAGCAAGUCGUAUGGAUGGAGAAGGUCAGUUAACGCUGACCGGGCAGCUUGGGGACAUCAUGAAGGAGUCGGCACACCUUGCCAUCAGCUGGCUCCGGAGCAAUGCAAAGAAAUACCACCUGACCAAUGCUUCUGGAAGUUUUGAUCUGCUUGACAACACAGACAUCCAUCUGCACUUCCCAGCUGGAGCUGUCACAAAAGAUGGACCAUCUGCUGGCGUUACCAUAGUAACCUGCCUUGCCUCCCUUUUCAGUGGGAGGCUAGUGCGCUCAGAUGUAGCCAUGACGGGAGAAAUUACAUUGAGAGGACUUGUUCUGCCAGUCGGCGGAAUCAAAGACAAAGUCUUAGCAGCGCACAGAGCAGGACUGAAGCAGAUUAUUAUUCCUCAGAGAAAUGAGAAAGACCUCGAAGAGAUUCCUGUCAACAUACGGCAGGAUCUGAGUUUUGUCACAGCAAGUUGCCUGGAUGAAGUUCUUAAUGCAGCUUUUGAGGGAGGCUUUUCAGUCAAGACGGGACUAGGGCUCUUGAAUAGUAAACUCUAAGCUGAUGAGCCAGAAUCUUUUCACACCGAACAAAAUUUACAUUUUAAUCAGUUAGCUAAUUAACAAAAGAAAAAAAAUCUGCCGUUAAAGUACUUAAGCACGUCUUAGGUUUUUAGAGUUGCCAAUAUGAGGAGCGGACACAUUAAAUGGUAGUAGUAAUGACCUGGUAAUGGGGUGGGGGUGGGGUGAUGGCUACAUUUAUAAACUAAAUUUUCAGCAAUUAGAAGUUGUGCCAUUUAGCCUCGGGGCUCACCAACCUUCAAGAUAAAGCAAGUUUUCAGUGGGAAACAUUUGGCUAUCCAAGAGCCAGCUUAGGUUGUGGUGGACGCGCCCAGCUCGGUUGCUCUAUGCUUGUCGGGAUUAAGUGUCCAGGCCUUAACUCUUGCCUGUAAACAAAAUGAAGUUUUCCGUUCGUAGAAACUGUGCUAGUCUUCCAAGCUCUGUAGAAAUGGACAAUCUCCAAUGUUGAUUUAAAAAUAUAUUUAAAUCUGGUGCCUUUUG